UACUACUAGUUAGCCAUGUGGUUGUUAUACCUCGCCGCCACCACCCUUCUCACCCUCCUCCUCAGCCUCCUCUCCAAACAUGUCAACUACAUCCUCAGGAUGGUCCUUUACUCUUGGGUUUUCCUGGUGUUAGCUGUGGUUCACAUGGUUUAUUGUCCGUUCUUCCCUAAAAACAGAGAUAACACCUACACACUUGCUCCCCUAUUUUACCAUCUCUCCAGAUUAUUAUUGGGUAUAACAGUAGAAGCUGAGGGUGAAGAACACCUGGAGUCUCACGAGGGUGGUUACAUUCUCUCCCCCAAUCACCAGUCUUCUCUUGAUACUUUGUGUAUUGCUAGGAUCUGGCCCCACAGAGCCAUCAUUCUGAUGAAGCGCUCCCUAUUAUACGUUCCCUUCUUUGGAUGGGCGGCUUAUCUCAGUGGCCACGAGUUUAUAACACGUAAAAGUGGAGCCAGCGGGGAAGUGCGUGACCACAUGAACUUAAUAAAUGAGCGUAUAAAGAAUGAACGGCUCCGUGUUUGUGUAUUCCCUGAAGGAACCCGAAACAAGGCCUUCGAUGGGAAAAUGCUUCCCUUCAAGAAAGGUGGAUUCCAUAUGGCGCAACAAUGUCAAGCUCCGAUAGUACCAGUUGUGAUAUACAUUCCACCGUCACUAUACGAUGGUAAGAACUGGGUGUUCAACAGCGGGGUGAUAAGAAUGAAGGUUCUAGAACCCAUCUCCACCGUGGGUCUCUCCUCUGAUGACGUCACUGAACUGACGAACAGUGUCCAGACUAAAAUGCAGGAAGCACUGGAUGAGCUCAGCAAGAGGGCUUAAAAAGCUGUGAUACUAUAGAUUAAAUGCUCAUAAAUUAGUAUGAGUGAUAUAUUGCAGUACUAAUUAUUACGAUUUUAUCCUAACUGAAUUCGAAAUGCCUUUCCACAACAGGUAGUUUCGUUGGAAAGGAAAUAACAAGAUGAUUUUCUUGUUUGUGUAACAAAUUUGAUAGUCUGUUGUUUUAACCUUCCUUUAGCAGUAUUUAUGAUAGUAUAAAUAAAUAGAUAAAUAAUAAAUAAGUAUUAAAGUAUUGUAAUCGAGUAAAGUAUUUAUGUAAAGAUCGAGAAUUUAUAGCCAUGAUGUAGCAAAACUUAAUUUAAUUUGGGUCCUCAUAUAAUAGAGUUUUCUCUUCCUGUAAAUUAGAGUUUAUUGAAGCCUAGCCCUUAGCUGCAUCACAUUCCCUUUGAUCACAUCACUUUGCGUCCGGUUAUCAUUUAAAGUACCCGUUUCGUUGUUUAGGAGUAAAGUUGAACUUCUGUAAUGUUGUUGUCGCUUAAAAGUUUGAAAUGACAGUGUUUUGCUAGUGUUUAUUUUUGAUUUGGUAAUUUUGUACUGCUGUACAGAGUUUGGCAAUUAAGACCAUGUUUGAUUUUUCAGUGUCGUUAUCAACAUUUAAAAAAAUGAAUUUGUAUUUCAAAUUGAUUCCGUUAUUGCGACUGAUUAGUAUUUGGUUUUAUAUUUAUGAGAAUACGGAUCAGCCUGAUGAAUUAUAAUACUUUCUGUGAGUUUUAUCAUUGUACAAUAAUUUGUCUGUUAAUAUUAUAACGUAUCUAUCUUAAUCGGUUA